AGAAUAUAAAUGCGCCACCGGUACCACCGGGCCAGUUGGGGAAGACGCGCGUAAGUCAACGGAAGGCGCAGUCAACUCGAGUACGUUGGCUUGAGCUUUGCGGGGCGUAUGAUUAGCGGUCCGGCGCGAUCAGCAGCUGAUGAGGGCACUGCGUUCGAAAGCACUCGCGUGUGGGCCGUUCUCUUCUACAUAUUUAAUAAUUGCGUAUUGAGAUGUCCGAAACUCCGGAAGAUGAGAACUCGCAGCAGAGUGGAAUCUGCGAGAUCAGCAUAACGGAGGUGGAGCGUCGCUGCACGGGCACUGUCAUGCCGCUGCAAGAUGUUUACAUCGCCUAUCAGGUGGAAUCAGUCAUCCGGGAACCUAGGAAGACCCCGUAUGUUGUAUGGCGACGAUACCGGGAUUUUGAGUACCUGCACAGUCACCUGCAAGACAGGUACCGCUACGUUGUCAUCCCUCCUCUGCCCGAGAAGAAGGUGCAGUUCCGCUGGCAGAAGUUGCCCACAGACACCCUGGACCCAGAGUUUGUGGAGAGAAGAAGAGCCGGCCUAGAGAUGUUCCUGCGGCGGGUGGCCAGACAUCCAGAACUGUCAGCCAAUAAGCUCUUUGGCGAGUUCCUGCGACAUGAGGCCAGCUGGCGGGAUGAUCAUGAUACGGAUGGAAUUCUGCAUCGAGCUGACGGCAUGCUGCGCAUUUUCAAUGCGUCUAUACGGCUCAGGAACCCUGACAAAGAAUUUGAGGAGGUGAAGAGAUACAGCACAGAGCUCAAGACAAACCUGACCAACUUCCUAAGGUCACGAGCUCGUCUGGCGGAUGCAACGCUGGAUUUCCACGCCUUGCACCAGCAGUAUGGGCAGGUGCUGAGUGAGCUAAGUCACCGGGAUGGCCCAGGCGGACGAGGGGACCGUCUGCAGGCAGCCGGUCAGUUCAUGGACCGGCUUUCCCAGGCAGCACUGCCCUUCCUGGAGGAGCAGGAGGAGGCGGCCGACUGCCUCAAGGAGUACCUGGCCUACGCCAAUGCACUCCUGGCUGUGUGCAGUCAUCAGGAAGUUCUGCAAUAUGGGCUGGAACGAAAGAAGAGCCUCUAUGCAUCCAGGGAGUCACAACGGGCAGAAAUGGCAACCAGUGGUGUAGCCAGCCAGGGCCUUAUGUCACGCCUGCUGCACUCGUCGUCCACACCUGAGCACAAGACACAGGCACUGGAGCAGCAGCUGCACAGUCUGGACACUGAGAUUCAAGCAAUGACACGUGAGAAGCAGGAAUUCUCCGAGAAGGCCUUGGCAGAGAUCACCAAGUUUCGGGAGCAGAAGGAGCGUGACUUCACCAGAGCACUGACCAUAUUUGUCAGCACCAACAUCCGCCUCUGUAGAGAGUCUAUUGCAAUAUGGGAAAGGGUGUGCCAGUGCUUCGAGGAAAUAUGCCAACUGGAGGAUGAAGCCGCACCAAUUGGUGGAAAUGCCAAUUUGCCAGCUGUCAACAAGGCUUCACCAGUGAUCAACACAUUGCCUACCAGUGUGGAGGACGUCUGUCGUGAACAAUCUACCAGAAACAGUGAUCUGCUGUGAUGAUGCUUGUGGGAGCACUGGUACCAUUCUGUCUUUAGCUACUUUUUAAGCUUUAAUCUUCUAGUUGAUGCAUGGUUAUCAACAUCUGUUUUGUUGUCAUUCAUGAACGUCAAAGUCAAUAAAAACAUCAUGUCAUGUACAGUGA